CCAGCCAUGGCCGCCGCCGCCGCCGACGGUCGGCUGCUCCCCGUACUGCUGCUCCUGCUUCCGUUGCUCGCCGCCGCCGCCUCCAGCGUGACAUACGACCACCGCUCCCUCAUCAUCGACGGCCGGCGCCGCCUGCUCAUCUCCGCCUCCAUCCACUACCCGCGCAGCGUCCCCGCGAUGUGGCCCAAGCUGGUGGCCGAGGCCAAGGAAGGCGGCGCCGACUGCAUCGAGACCUACGUCUUCUGGAACGGCCACGAGACCGCCCCCGGCCAGUACUAUUUCGAGGACCGCUUCGAUCUGGUGCAGUUCGUCAGGGUUGUCAAGGACGCCGGCCUCUACCUCAUGCUGCGCAUCGGCCCAUUCGUCGCCGCCGAGUGGAACUUCGGGGGCGUGCCGGUGUGGCUGCACUACAUUCCUGGAACUGUGUUCCGGACCAACAACGAGCCGUUCAAGUCUCACAUGAAGAGCUUCACGACCAAGAUCGUGGACAUGAUGAAGAAAGAGCGGUUCUUCGCUUCGCAGGGAGGCCACAUCAUCCUGGCUCAGGUUGAAAAUGAGUAUGGAGAUUAUGAACAAGCGUAUGGAGCUGGCGGCAAGGCGUAUGCAGCGUGGGCAGCUAGUAUGGCUCUGGAUCAGAACAUUGGCAUACCUUGGAUCAUGUGCCAGCAGUACGAUGCUCCUGAUCAUGUGAUAAACACUUGUAAUAAAUUCUACUGCGAUCAAUUCAAGCCAAAUUCGCCAACCAAGCCAAAAAUUUGGACAGAGAAUUGGCCAGGAUGGUUCCAGACUUUUGGUGAAAGUAAUCCCCACAGACCCCCUGAGGAUGUUGCGUUUUCUGUUGCACGUUUCUUCGGGAAAGGUGGCAGCGUUCAGAAUUACUAUGUGUACCAUGGUGGAACAAACUUUGAUCGUACUGCUGGAGGGCCAUUCAUUACAACUAGCUAUGACUAUGAUGCACCAAUUGAUGAAUAUGGCCUUAGGCGACUUCCAAAAUGGGCACAUCUGAGGGAGCUUCACAAAUCUAUUAAAUUGUGCGAACAUAGUCUGCUUUAUGGAAACUCAACGUUACUUUCUCUUGGGCCUCAGCAAGAGGCUGAUGUUUACACUGAUCACUCAGGAGGAUGUGUUGCGUUCCUAGCUAACAUUGAUUCAGAAAAGGACAAAGUUGUCACUUUCAGGAACAGACAAUAUGAUCUUCCUGCUUGGUCAGUUAGCAUCCUACCUGACUGCAAGAGUGUAGUUUUCAACACUGCAAAGGUUCAGUCUCAAACUUUGAUGGUGGACAUGGUUCCUGAUACUUUGCAAGCAUCAAAACCUGAUCAGUGGAGCAUUUUCACAGAGAGUAUUGGGAAUUGGGAUAAAAAUGAUUUCGUACGAAAUGGAUUUGUGGACCAUAUUAAUACAACAAAGGACUCUACUGAUUACCUGUGGCAUACAACAAGUUUUAAUGUGGACAGAAGUUAUCCUGCUGGGAACCAUACAGUUCUUAAUAUUGACUCGAAAGGCCAUGCUGUUCAUGCUUUUCUGAAUAAUAUGCUCAUAGGUAGUGCAUAUGGUAAUGGCUCAGAAUCAAGUUUCAGUGUGCAUAUGCCCAUCAAUUUGAAGACUGGGAAGAAUGAAAUUGCACUACUGAGUAUGACUGUUGGAUUGAAAAGCGCAGGGCCCUAUUAUGAAUGGGUAGGAGCUGGCCUUACAAGUGUGAGCAUCUCUGGGAUAAAAAAUGGAACCAUUGACUUGUCUUCAAAUAACUGGGCAUACAAGAUUGGGUUGGAAGGUGAGCAUUACGGUUUGUAUAAGCCCGAUCAGGGUAAUAACCAAAGGUGGCGGCCACAAUCUGAUCCACCAAAAGAUCAGCCUUUGACAUGGUACAAGGUAAAUGUUGAUGUUCCAGAAGGAGAUGACCCAGUUGGGAUAGACAUGCAGUCUAUGGGGAAAGGCCUGGUUUGGUUGAAUGGGAAUGCCAUAGGGAGGUAUUUUCCCAGGACUAGUUCAACUGAUGACAGGUGCACUCACAGCUGUAACUACAGAGGACAAUUUUCUCCCAACAAGUGCAGGAUUGGAUGUGGGAAGCCAACCCAAAGAUGGUACCAUGUCCCAAGAUCAUGGUUUCACCCAUCAGGGAACACCCUUGUGGUGUUUGAGGAGCAUGGUGGGGAUCCCACGAAGAUUACAUUCUCGAGAAGAGUUGUGACAAGCGUCUGCUCCUUUGUGUCAGAGAACUAUCCUUCCAUAGACCUGGAGUCCUGGGAUAAAAGGGUCUCAGAUGAUGGCACAGUAGCAGCAAAAGUACAGCUGUCUUGUCCCAAGGGCAAAAAAAUCUCUUCAGUUAAGUUUGCAAGCUUUGGCGACCCCAGUGGAACCUGCAGAUCCUACCAACAAGGAAGCUGCCACCAUCCAAGCUCUCUAUCAGUUGUUGAGAAGGCCUGUCUGAACAUCAAUAGCUGUACAGUUACACUGUCAGAGGAGGGAUUUGGGGAAGACGUAUGCCCUGGCGUUGCUAAAACACUUGCCAUUGAAGCAGACUGUUCUUAGUAAGCUCUGCCAAGCUAAGAGUCCCACCGCUAUGAAUCUGCUCGUCAAAAAUCAGAUACUGAAAAGAUGUUGUGAUGGCUGCAUAACAUCAUAUAACGACAUGGUGGAGGUAUACCUAGAUUUAGGUUCAUAUUUCUUGUGACCAUGGUUUAAGCCUUUGUUUUGUCGAGUUUUCCUGAUGCAUGUCUCUGGUACUAUUGACAAGUGAUACAAUUAAGGAUACUGAACAUAUGAGGCUCAUUAUACACCUAAAUGUAGCUAUGAGUUAGAACCAUGGGCAAACUACCACAAAAUAUUCCAAGGGCUACUGGUAGUUUUGCCAUCCACUUGGGAUAUGCACUGAUUCUUGAGUUCAUGAUAUGUAAUCUGCCUCCUAGGAGGAUGUAAACCAAACUCUUUUCAAUGAAAUGAAAC